GCGUGAGGUUUUCCAAUCAAUAUAUGCCUAGAGCGAAUUCUUCAGGAGAAAUCACAACAAACAUCGAAAAUGUGGCUGGUUUUGCUCUUCUGCUUGGUUUCCUCUGGAGUGAAUUGUGAACCAGAAACCGUUAGGGACAAUUUUGACUAUGUGGCGUACGGGAACACGUUUGAAGAUGAUCGGAUGUCCAAAGGCGAAAUCGUGUUACGGCCCCAAGAAGUCAAGGGUUGGCCCCAACAAUCCCUAAAUGUGGGCCAAAUAACUGCAGUGUCAAUAAAUUCUCUGGCCCAGCCAGUCAUCUUCCAUCGCGCCGAAAGAGUAUGGGACGAAAGUACUUUCAACGAAUCCAACGUAUACCAGAAUAUAGACAAGGGCCCCAUCAUAGAGGAUACCAUCUUAGUCCUGGACCCUCACACUGGGUCGGUGCUACACAGCUGGGGGGCUUACCAGUUCUACAUGCCUCAUGGUCUGUUCAUUGACCAUCACGACAACGUCUGGGUCACUGAUGUGGCCAAGCACCAGGUGUUUAAGUUCACACCAAACAACCACAAGUACCCAAGCCUGACAAUCGGCGAAUCAUUCACUGCUGGUUUCGCGACAAAGCGGCGGGUGUUACUAUGCAUGCCAACCGCAGUGGCCAUAGCCAGCACAGGAGAGAUCUUCCUAGCCGAUGGCUACUGUAACAACCAGGUCCUGAAAUUCAAUGCAGCAGGAGAUCUCUUGAUGAACAUACCCAUCUAUACCCGAAACAACUUUCUUGGGCUGAAUCUGCCACAUGGUAUUACCCUUUUGGAGCAGAUCGAUAGAGUCUGUAUUGCUGAUAGGGAGAACAUGAGGAUCAUCUGCCCUAAAGCCGGGUUGAAGAGUUAUUUGAGGCUGAUGGAACCAGCUACUGUUGUCACGGAUCCUAGUCUUGGAAGGGUGUUCUCGGUGGCUUCUCAUGGGGACUUCGUGUAUGCUGUUAACGGACCUACGUCCCCGAAUAUCGCUGUGAGAGGCUUCACUGUGAAUGCUGUGACAGGAAUUAUAAUGGAUACUUGGGAGCCGAGUGCUGGCUUCACCAACCCUCACGGUUUAGCAGUGACAAGGAAUGGAUCCCACCUCUACGUAACAGAAAUUGGACCCAACAAGAUCUGGAAAUUCGAAUUAGUUGAUGUUUAUGAUAAAUAAAUAUUAUGUUAUUUUAAUGGUUGAAUAUCAGGUAUAUUACUCGCCAUCAAGAUGACGUCACAAUGUGUUAGAUCAGUCAUGGUCCCCAACCUUUUUUUUAUGCGGGCAACAAACAUGUUUUGGUUUUGGUGUCGCGAGCCGCAACAAAAAUUUUUAGGUUUAAAAAGUAACGUUCUUCAAAUUUAACGAUUCAAAAGUGAAAAAUUCGCGAAUCUCACGAUGACUUUAUAUGAUUUUGCCGGUGGGCGUGAAUUUCAAAAUGGUUUAACAUCACGCGGGCCACAAAUAAAGUCCCGACGGGCCGCGGGUUGGGGAUAGCUGUGUUAGAUAGUGUUAGGGUUGCCAGUUGUCAAGUUUUUCCAACAUUUUGUCAAGUUUCUUAAAGGACUCAGCAAAAAGGAUUGACUAUGUUUCUGCAAUGUGACGUUUUCUUAUUAAAACUGGCUGCUGUACAUUUAAAUGAAAAAAAUAGACAACAUUUCUAGGCUUUAGACUUUUACGCUUCUAGUCCACCGAUGCUGCGAACUGCAAAACAGCGGCGAACCGAUUUACUGUCUCAUCCGCCACACGACACUGCGUUAUAUUGUUAUAUUGCAUCUCGCUCUAUUGCUGUUUCGCAUUGGUUCCGCAGGGUUUUCGCAGUUCGCAGCGUCGGUGGACUAGAGGCGUUAGCCUUUUUCCUAUGGCUACUGUCAACUGUCGUUUAGUCAUUUGUAAAAUAAUGAUUAUCUAGGAAACAAUAUUAUUUAGUCUUAACAUUCACACUGGUCUUAUACUGCAAUAUAAAAUUAGAUUUUACAAAUGGAUAGCACUUUAGCAUUUACACUUGCGUGUGCGAAAUAAAAUACACAAA